UCCGAUUAAAUGUUCAAGUCGUGCUUUAGGACGCUCGCACUAAUAUUUGAAUUGUUCGACAGUAUAAUAAUUCGAUAGGUUUUUUGGAAUCGUUUAUUGUACGCACAUUACAGUUUACAAGAAUUUCAUUCUUUUUUGCAAUCGAUAUACUUGUUCCAUGAAUGAUAUCGUUAAAGCGGAUUGAUAAUUGAACGUUAUUUUUUAACAGCUUGACGAGCGUCGUAUUAAAGCAUGGCGGUUGUGUUUAAAUACAACGGUCGAAAGUAACGAAUUUUACGUAUGUGUGUAGUGCUAAAGAAUCCAUAAACUUUUUGUGACAUUUUAUCAAAAAGAGAGAUAUAUAUAAGAAAUAAGUUAUUCCAAGUGCCAGUACUACAUUUCGGUAGUUUGAAAAUUGUUAUACGUUUAUCCUUAAAAUAACGAAAAAUCACGAACAAUGGAUCCAUGGAUUCAACGAAUGUUGGAACGUGCUAAGGCAAGGGGAGAAAAAUUAAAUAUGCAAUUGUCUAAUGCUGGGCAUGACGUUAGAAGACGACGAAGUCCAUUAAAAGAUGCUAAUGCAAUUUUAGCACAAGCAGCAGUAAGCAAAAACAAAAGCCCAGCAAAAUCGCCAAUAAAAUUAACAACAGAAGAAUCUCCUAAAAAAUCUGUAAAAAAAUAUAGUCCUUCAAAAACGAUAGUUGAAGAAGAAACUAAACAGAUUGGUAAAGAGAAUGGUAAUGUAGGUAUAAGCAAUGUCAAGUCAAAGCUACAAAGGCUGGGAAAGCUAUAUUCUGAAGAUACUAGCCGUGAAUUAAGUUCACCUAUUCAUAGAACAGAAGAAAAAUUUUAUACUGAAGAAGAUCAAAUAGGAUUGAAAUCAGCAAAGAAAGGUGCCAGGCUUGAUAGAUUGGCAGCUCUUGCUUCAACCAUUAAUAAUUGGGAAGAUGAUCUAUCACAUCCAACUUUUACAAAAACAACGCCCACUAAGGCAGAACAAAUACAAGCUAAAUUUAAUGACAAAGUGAAGAAUACGACAGAACCACAACCAAGUACAAGUGGAUGCAGUAAAUGGAAUAGUGGUAGUAAUUCCGAAGCUAGUUCAAGCAGGCAAUUUAAGUGGGAUAAAACUAUGCUACAGAGCUUAGAGGCUCAAGGCUUUAGUCGUACAAAAAGCAAUUGUCGUCUAGUGUAUGACUUUAAGAGUUGUUCUCAGGAAACAGGAGCAGGUCCAUCAAGUUCCCCAUCGAAAAAAGAUACAAAUUCCGUGCAAAAACAAGAAGACAAGCAUACAUCGAACUCGAAACUUAACGUAGUAAUAGAGGGCAAGAUGACAGACGAUGAAAAUGUGCAUAAAAGUACAAAUAGGACAAUUAAGGAUGCCGAAAAUGCGAACUUAAAUACAUCAGAAAAAACAGUAAGGACUACAAAUACCAAUACAAACAAUUCUAGAGUAACACCUAGAUUUGGUUUUAAUGGUUCACCGAAGAGUCCACUACCUGGUUCAUCACCUGGUUCUGUGUUGAGUAAAGCUUCCAUGUUUGAAUCGCGGAAUAAUGAUGUUAAGACAAAAGAUCCAGCUCAAAUGAGCCUAUCUGAAAGAAAAGCUCUUUUCGAAAAAAAUAAGGAUGAAGCUCCUUUAAUUCCAAAAGCACCACUUACCAUGUCUAUACCACCUAGUAAAUUACAUGAAAAGGAGACGUCUAAUUCACCAUCUGGACAUGGGACAGAUAUGCCUGUAAUCAAUCGUAAAGCUGAAAGUUCUAAUCGAGUCAUUGCUCAGCGUGCUAUAUUUGAACAUGGUCACACUCAAGAAUUAGAAAAUAAUAUAUUACGUUCUGCUCAAAUUGAAAGACAACGAGAAUUAGAUAUGUUACGUUCACGUUUCAACACGAAUAAAGAAAUAGCACAAGUUGCAGCUGGUUCUUGCAUUAGAACAAGCGAAAGUAGUGAAGGAAAAUCGAAUUCACCGAAAAAUUCUCCAAUUUGUUCUGUCAAACCUACACCAGCAUUAGAUAGUAUUAUGCCGCACGCGCCACCACCACCACCACCGCCACUUCCACAGUCAACAAAAAACUCGAUCGGAAAACAUAAUUCAGAGCAAGAAAAAUCAUCGCCAGUUAAACGACAUGGCAAUUUACCAAGAAUACAACAAAUUGUGACAUUAUCAGAUGCUAAGCGUAUACGUGUGUGUCCUCCGAAAUCUGGAUGCCUAUAUCCUAAUCUUUCUGAAAUUGAAAAUAACACAGGAACGGAUACAGAGUACACCGUUGAUAGUACAGAACCAGCAACUGUUACUUUGGAAGAAAACACUACUGAGAGUGAAUCAAUUACAGAAGCUGAAUAUUACGUUCAAGACAACGAAACCGAAUUAGAUAGCGAAGAAGAAGAAGAAGUUGAAGAUGUAAACACUAGUUUAGGAAGAAGCAUUUUGCGUGAAGUGAAUCAACAGAUUAUGAGGAACAAAAAGAGAUCGAUCGAACCCGAUCCAGAUAGUACUACAUCCGAUAUAUCUGUAUUAGAUGAAAUGGAUGAAUAUUUGGACGAAUGUCUUGCAGUACAAGAGAGAAAUGUUAAAAAUUUUUAUCAGGAUGGACCAACACCCCCCAAAAUCAAUAGAGGUGGAAAAAGUCCAUCAUCUUCUUCUACAAGUUUUAAAUACACUCAUGGAUCACAAUUUCGUUCUCCCAUCAAAUUCGUGACUCCAGAUAAGAGUGAAGAACCAUGUAUUGUAGAAGGUGAUAAUCAUACCCCCUUAAUGCAUACUGUCAGCUUUUACAGGCGUCAACAAUCAGAAUUGCGAACACCGAAAGGUACCCCUUCUCGUUCGGUAACAAAAAUUAUAGACACUGUUUCUGAUAUUACGGAGCCUGUAAAAGAUGAAACGAUGUUAGUGCAAGAAAAGGUGAAGCAUUUAUUAGACGAAGUCUGCAAGCAGCAAACUAUCAUUGGUCAAGCUAGUCAAGCUUUAAAUUUAUGUAGUUCUACAAUUGAAUUUAAUGGUUCACAAGAGCAAGUCGAAGGAGAAAGACUUCUACUUAUUGCUAUUCAUAGGAGACAAGCCGCUCUAAAUGAGGUUCAAAGAUUAAAAGUUGAGGGUACAUUGAGACCUGCUGUACCAGGUUCACCAGAAAUAGAAGAUACUGGAUCACUUACAGUAUCAGCCAUUACAUUACCAUUGAGACGCGAAUAUUUACGAAGUAUUGCUACAAAUACGUGCCUUCAUUUUGUCUGUUUGAUACGUUAUUUGGAGGAAGUAUUAACUACACCAGUGGUACUUGCUGAAUCAGGCGAUUCUUGUUUACGCUUUCCUUCGACCUUAAAAUUACAAAAUUUAUACAGUGAUUUUAAAAUCACCGUCGAAAUUUAUUCUCUUCAAACUCAAGCUGAAAUGCUUCCCCACGAAGUUAAAUAUCACAUUCAUAACAAUGGUGGUGGAUGGAAUUCUGGUAAUAGUAGCAAAGAUAACAAAAAGCAUACAUCUAAAACGCCUAAGAAAUGUUCAAAAAUCGAAAAUCGCUUGGUAAUGCCAAAUGUUCAAAGUCCAGCAGGGCCAUCAGCAGUUCGAUCUACUGCUUUUCAUUUAUCUGGUUAUGUUGUUUUUAGUCUCAAAGAAAUACACCGUCAACAAUUCACUUUAAAUAAGGUUCCACAGCAAUCCCCGCUAGAAGGUCGAUUGCAAAUGCAUGUGUCAUGUGAACCCUCAAUAACAGUGGAAUAUCAUAAUUUCCUUACAAUAUUUGAAUAUGUUUCUGGUUUUGGCAUCUGGCAAAGAAGGUGGUGCCUCCUCAAAGGAACUACAUUAUCAUAUUAUAAAUAUCCUUAUCAUGAGGGCAAGAAAACUCCUUUAGGAAGUCUUGAUUUACGUGGUAUUUCUACAAAAAAUGUAGAAUUAGCACCUCUGAGCAUUUGCAUGCGUGCCAAUACAGUUUUACUUGAAACAAAAAGAGGAGCACAACCUGGUGAUGUCGAUAGUCUUAUCAUGGUAACAAAUGGAUCUGAAACAACCAUUAGACAUCUUUUCUCAGCUGAUACAAAAGAAGAUAGGCUAGAAUGGUGUUCAAAGCUUAACAAGGUAUUACAUUUAAUACGAAUCUGGGGCAAUACCUCAUGAAUAUAAUAUCAUAGAGUAAUGAAUAUGUUACAUUGCAACGUAUUUGAGUAUAUACUUUUAGUAAAUAUUAGUAAAAUAUAAUUUAGGCUUAUUUAAUGCGCGUAUGCAUUUUUAAAUAAUGCAAUAAAUAUUUAAAUUCUAUUAUAUUUGUUACAGAAUAGUAAUUUUUUUCGUCGUAGAAUAUAAUAGUGAAUAUGAAAAUAUUUCUCUUAAAUCUCAAAUAAUGAGAUGCGGUAUAUAUAAUUUAAACCGCGAAAUAAUGUACAAUUUGAACAUGAUUUAACGUAUGUCUAAACAAAUUCGAUUGUUUAAUUACUUGGAUAAAUUAUUUUGCUGGUGUUUGUAAGUAUUACAAUAUGUAAUGUUUAUUUCUUAUACAUACGGAAAAAGUCAAUCCAUAAAACAUAAAUAAAAACCAUAACGAGUUCUUAUCGCAAAGAAAAAUCAUACAAUGUAUAUUCAUGUGAUCUUUUAACGAGAGAAUAUGUUACGUUGAAAAAAUAUAUAUGUUGUUUUUAUUAAA